ACAUCUCACCUUCAAAUCUCUCCCCACCAGUCAUUUAUAAAACACACACUGAAACUGUCAAACAUAACAUCUUGAAUGGCGCUACUUGCUUCAGUUCAUGCUACUCCAUUGUCUCUCAUCUCUAUAUCAAAACAUAACCCUUUUCCUCCAGUUAGAACAACAAGUCACUACAGAAGGUUAACUUUAAGUUCAUCAUCUUUGUCAUCUGCAUCACCAUCUCCAGCUGAGAGUAGUGUACAUGUUUCAUCAACUAGUUCUACCUCAACAGCAAAACUACCAUCAUCUAGCAAAACCCCUCCUGAUAAGGUGGUAAGUUAUGCGGUUUCGAGCAGCGGAGGAAGCCCAGUUGCUCGGUUUCUUCGUUCUACCGAGGCCAAUAUUGAACGGGUGAUAUUUGACUUUCGCUUUCUGGCACUUCUAGCUGUUGCGGGUUCAUUAGCCGGUUCAUUAUUGUGCUUUCUCAAUGGUUGCGUUUAUAUUGUGGAUGCAUACAAAGUUUACUGGUCAAGCUGUUCUAAAGGAAUUCAUACUGGACAGAUGGUUCUCCGUUUAGUUGAAGCUAUUGAUGUUUAUCUAGCUGGUACUGUCAUGUUAAUAUUUGGUAUGGGUCUUUAUGGAUUAUUUAUCAGUAAUAUUCCAAAUGAUGGCCCUCCUGAAACUGAUCGUGCCCUUAAAGGAUCUUCUCUGUUUGGGAUGUUUGCUUUAAAGGAGAGGCCACUAUGGAUGAAAAUCAGUUCGCUUGACGAAUUAAAGACAAAGGUGGGACAUGUGAUCGUCAUGAUUCUUUUGGUAAAAAUGUUUGAGAGGAGCAAAAUGGUGACCAUAGCCACUGGUCUUGAUUUAUUAAGUUACUCUGUAUGUAUUUUCUUGUCCUCUGCUUCCUUGUACAUCCUUCACAAUCUUCACAAGGGAGAAUAAAUGUACAUAAUAUCUCUAAACAUAUAUCGAACCUAAAUGUUAAUAGCCAAAGAGGGAAAAAAAAAAACAAUCUUAGUCUGCUGUGGUAAUUGUAUUCCCUCACCAUUAUGUCUUCAUUGUUAGUACUACAUGGUAAUAUGGUAUAGUUUGUCAAAACCAUUUUUCUCA